AUGAACAACGUCACACUUAAACUCCGCCAGAAGCGGUCCAUGGCGCGCCUUCUUAAUCAAGGCCGCUCGAUUCUCGACUACAACUUAGACCCAAACGCCUUCAUCCUCCCCCGGUGGAUCCUGGUGCCCCCUGAGGUGCGGAAUGCCAUGCUCACCCUCCACUACAAAGCCAUGGUAGCAGUCUACGGCAUGAAGAGUCUCAUGAUCGCCCGCGACCACCGCUACUUCGAGCUAUGCCCCAAAGACAUGGGCCCCGCUGUCUACCAGCUCCAUCAAUCCUCCAUGCGUCGUCUCCUGGAAUGGAAAGAGGAUUGGAACUUCGCCGACCCGACCCUUGCAGCCUCUGCCAAAAUCCCCCGCAACACCCUGCAGUUCUGCGUUGACUCGAUCGCCUACGGAAAGUUUGCCUGCGAUUAUACCGACAGGAUUGACGUCUUUAUGUCUGGUCCUUUCCAGAGCUGGCGUCAGUUUCGUACGGAAGUCGGGCACUUGGCCUUCCGUCUCAUGAGCCAUAGUCCCCACGACUAUAACGAGUGGCGUGCCUGGUGGGAGGGCAAGUUUGCUGAUGACAUGUGGAAAUGGGAGGUUUGCCUCGAGGGCAUGAUCCUUCCUACCUGGGAGGAGAUUAUCGAUGAUGUUUACCUGAUGAUCAAUGAUCGAGUUGAGGAUGCCCAAGAGUUGGCCAACUCGUUCUACAUUAGCAACCUGAGGGUGGAUUCGACAACUUAG